ACUAUUUUUGAGAUCAAAUGAUGGAAAUAUAUUCAAUUUCAGACAACUUGUAGAUUAUUAUGUUUUAUACAUUGAGAUUUGAAGAACUCUUUUUUUAUUACAUAAAUCCAGGGAACACCUGCUGUGACAAUUCCAAAAAAGUCCAAAGUUAUGAGGGAGGUUCUGUGUCCAUCACUUGUUCAUAUGAGUCUCGGUACCAGAACAACCUGAAGUACAUGUGCAGAGGAAACCGUCCGUCCACAUGUCUGCAGCAGGCAGUAGUCUCCUCCACCAAGAAACAAGACACACGCUUCACACUGACUGAUGACAAGCUUUCAACAUUCACAGUGAACAUCACCAGUCUGACCCAACAGGAUUCUGGGUCGUAUCUUUGUGGAGUCCACACAAACACAGACCUUGACGUUUUCUCUGCUGUUGAUCUGGAGGUCAAAGACACCUGCUGUGACAGUUCCACCGAAGUCCAAAGCUAUGAGGGAGGUUCUGUGUCCAUCACUUGUUUAUAUGAGUCUCGGUACCAGAACAACCUGAAGUACAUGUGCAGAGGAAACCGUCCGUCCACAUGUCUGCAGCAGGCAGUAGUCUCCUCCACCAAGAAACAAGACACACGCUUCACACUGACUGAUGACAAGCUGUCAACAUUCACAGUGAACAUCACCAGUCUGACCCAACAGGAUUCUGGGUCGUAUCUUUGUGGAGUCCACACAAACACAGGCCUUAAAGUUUUCUCUGCUGUUCAUCUGGAGGUCAAAGAGUGGUGCUGUGUGAAGUCAAACAAACUAAGAGGCUUUGUGGGACAUCCAUUAACUAUGCAGUGUCCCUAUCCACCACAACAUGGGACAAACAGGAAGUUCCUCUGUAAGGGAGACCACCACAGGAACUGCACAGACAUGAUGACUGACACCAGGUUCACUCUGCUGGAUAAUGUUUCUACCAGCUCUUUCUUGUUGAUGGUCUCAGAGCUGGAAGCAGGUGAUUCUGGGACGUACUGGUGUGGCUCAGACUCACAGUGGAGCUUUGGAAACUACACCAACAUCCAACUGUCAGUAGAUGUUGCCGCCUUUGAGGCUAUGGUUUUCAUUGUACCUGCUGUGCUGGUGUUUGUUCUGAUAUUUUUGAUGGUCAUGGUGUGUAAACACAAAUGUCACAAAGAAAAAGCAACUGGAGCCAACGUGGAAACAACACAUCAAAAACACAAGGCUGAAGAUGAAGUGAUCAGUGAAUCUGUUAUUUAUGAAAAUCAAGACGUGGUUGUGUCCUCAAAGCAAAAGAAGUCCAAACAGCAGAACAGCUGCUCCCGUUAUGAUGCAGGUGGAGCCCAGCAGGACUUGAUGUAUAGAAAAUUUAACACAACUGAAGACAUCUACUGUAAUGAAGUUUACUGCAAUGACAAUACGAAAUGAGCACUUUGCACGUCUAAACAUUACUUUAUGCGUUCCAGUUUGUAAUAUCUAUGUUAUUAUCUCUAAGGCAACAUACAGUAUAGCUGGUUGUAUUUGACUUCUUUGAAUGUAGUUAUUUGUCAGUUUAAAAUCACCAUGUAGACAUUUUUUAUUUAUUUAAUCUUUUUUAAGCAUUUGUUUUUUUAAUUAACCUAUAGUUAGCUUUAAUUUUUACACAUUAUCAAUACUGUAAAAUAAACAGUUAUACUUCAGUUCAGUACUUCAGUUAUUUACGCAUACAAAUACAGAUAUGUAAAUUGUAAAAUUGCUGACUUACAAAUCUGUAAAAGCCUAUA